AUGUUGAGAUUUCUCCCAAAAUUCAGCGCCCAGCGACUCUCAAGAUCAGUGCUUCCGCCUCUUCGUCUUGCUCAGUCUCCCUCGCUUUAUAGUGCUAGGCCGUUUCUGACCAUAGAGCCCAUGGGAUCUUACGAACAAAAGAUCUAUGACAUAUUGAAGGCUCAUUUCGAGCCUUCGAACUUGCAAGUGAGGGACAUCUCUGGCGGUUGUGGUUCAAUGUUUGCUAUUACCGUGGAGAGCUCGCAGUUUAAAGGAAUCCCCAUGAUCAAGCAGCAUAGGUUGGUGAACGAGGUGUUGAAGGAAGAGAUUGCCCAAUGGCACGGACUCCAGCUCAAAACCAAGGCAGCUUGA